CUCUGGACCUACCUGAUUUAUCCUGAUGCCCAACCUCUGGAUGUAGUUCUCUGGAACCCAUUCAUUCAAGCUCAGGAUGGUUCUCCACUUAACCAGUCUAAAGUUCCAUGAGGUUCCUUUGAAGGGUCCAUGAAAGAACCAUAAAGAUGGAUUUGAUCUGUAAUUAUUAUAAACAGUUACAGUUGUUUGGAAACAGUUUUAUAGUCGAGUCUCCAUCAGUCAGCAGCUGAAAUCCACAACAAUGCUGGAACUCCAAUAAUUCAGGAUGAGGAUGAGGUUCUCUUCUUGUUCCUCUUAAGGUUUCUUCCACAUUCCAUGUCAGGGAGGUUUUCCCUCACCACUAUCACCAUCUCUGAGUCCCUCAUUAUGGAUACAAUUACAGGAACAAACUGAAAACAAAAUCUACAAAUGUAUGAAUAAAUAAAUAUAUUGCAGUAAAGCAGAGAACAGGUGAGUCAGCAUCCCUGCAGUAUCUCACAUCCUCCACAGGUGGGCUCAGAUCUGUGUACUGCAGAACACACCCACCCACACACACACACACACACACACACACUAACUGCAGGAGAAGGAGGAGGAGGCAGGAAGAGUCGCAGGUUCCACAGGAGGAGGCAGGCAGACAGGCAGAGAGCAGAGAUCCGUGAUCUUCAUGCGCUUCAUCUUCCUCACUGGAGCACCGACACUGACACCAUGCGCCAUCCACACCAUCUCCACACCACCUGAACACCACCUCCACACCACCUGAACACCACCUCCUCUCCACUUGAAGCUCCUGAACACCGCAUGAACCUCUUCGAUCCCCUUCUGGAUCUCCUGAAGCUUCAACUGAACCUCCACCUGGACCUCCUGCAUAUGAGGAAACUUACAUUUGAACCUUCUGACACCUGAAAUCAAACCUCCGGCUCUGUGUGUGUGUGUGUGUGUGUGUGUGUGUGUGUGUGUGUGUGUGUGUGUGUUUCUCACUUCUCAUCAUGAGCCGCAAGUCGCGCCGCUGGAUAUUCCGCAUUUUCCUCUGUCUCGGAAUAAUCUACCUGAAGAUCGGUGGGUUCUCGUCAGUGAUUGCUCUGGGAGCGAGCAUCAUCUGCAACAAGAUCCCAGGACUCGCACCACGCCAGAGGAUCAUCUGCCAGAGCCGACCAGACGCCAUCAUCGUUAUAGGAGAAGGAGCUCAGAUGGGCAUCAACGAGUGUCAGUUCCAAUUCAGGAACGGCCGCUGGAACUGUUCUGCGCUCGGGGAGAGGACCGUCUUCGGAAAAGAGCUGAAAGUGGGCAGUAAAGAAGCCGCAUUCACCUACGCCAUCAUCGCAGCGGGCGUGGCCCACGCCAUCACAGCGGCUUGCACUCAGGGGAACCUGAGCGAGUGCAGCUGCGAUAAGGAGAAGCAGGGCUUCCACGGCCGGGCAGACGGAUGGAAGUGGGGCGGCUGCUCGGCCGAUAUCCGCUACGGCCUCGGCUUCUCCAAGGUCUUCAUGGAUGCUCGGGAGAUCAAACAGAGCUCCAGGACGCUCAUGAACCUCCAUAACAAUGAGGUGGGACGAAAGGUCCUGGAGCGUAACAUGCACCUGGAGUGUAAGUGUCACGGCGUGUCGGGUUCCUGCACCACCAAAACAUGCUGGACGACGCUGCCAAAGUUCCGGGAGCUGGGCUACAUCCUGAAAGACAAGUACCUGCAGGCGGUGCACGUGGAGCCGGUUAAAGCCAGCCGCAACAAGCGUCCCACCUUCCUGAAGAUCAAGAAGCCGUUCUCGUACCGCAAACCUAUGGACACGGACCUGGUGUACAUCGAGAAGUCUCCGAGCUACUGCGAGCCGGAUCCGGUGACGGGCAGCGUAGGGACGCACGGGCGCAUCUGCAACAAGACCAUCACGCACCACUCCAACAGCUGCGACCUGAUGUGCUGCGGGCGGGGCUACAACACGCACCAGUACUCCAGGGUGUGGCAGUGCAACUGCAAGUUCCUGUGGUGCUGCUACGUCAAGUGCAACACCUGCAGCGAGAGGACAGAGGUGUACACGUGCAAGUGACCGACCGCCUCGCCCAUCCACCGAAACAAGUGUCCUGAUGGUGAUUUAUGAUGAUGAUGAUGAUAAUUAUUAUUAUUAUGCUAAUGUCUUUUUGCACAAUAUAACCACCGGAUGACUCUGGGAUCGCUUUCUGGACCGAACGAAGUCUGUCCUCGUGCAUUCCGUUUUUCGGGUUUGUUGACCUCACGAGGCCCCGCGGCAUCUGGGCGAGUCUGGAGCUGCCUGAACUGUGUUUAGACUUUUCUCCACCUGGAAUUAACGAUGAUGACACGCUAAUACGCUAAACACGCUGAUAAUUCAUUUAAAGGAAUGAUUUUUAUUUAUUUAUGAAGCUAAUGUCUGAAAUUGACAUAUGAAUUAGUGGCUGUUGGUAGAGAGAGCUGAUUCUAUUUACACUUGACGCUCUUAAUACCACUGUCAAUACUACUGUCAAUACCACUGUCAAUACCACUGAAAAUACUACUGUCAAUACCACUGUCAAUACUACUGACAAUACCACUGAAAAUACUACUGUCAAUACCACUGUCAAUACCACUGUCAAUACCACUGUCAAUACCACUGAAAAUACUACUGUCAAUACCACUGUCAAUACUACUGACAAUACCACUGAAAAUACUACUGUCAAUACCACUGUCAAUACUACUGACAAUACUACUGACAAUACCACUGACAAUACUACUGACAAUACCACUGACAAUACUACUGUCAAAACCACUGACAAAUACCACUGACAAUACUUCUGUCAAUACCACUGACAAUACCACUGACAAUACUACUGUCAAUACCACUGACAAUACCACUGUCAAUACCACUGUCAAUACUACUGACAAUACUACUGACAAUACCACUGACAAUACUCUCGACAAUACCACUGACAAUACUACUGUCAAUACCACUGACAAAUACCACUGACAAUACCACUGUCAAUACCACUGACAAUACCACUGACAAUACUACUGUCAAUACCACUGUCAAUACCACUGUCAAUACCACUGUCAAUACUACUGACAAUACCACUGUCAAUACCACUGUCAAUACCACUGUCAAUACUACUGUCAAUACCACUGACAAUACCACUGAAAAUACUACUGUCAAUACUACUGUCAAUACCACUGACAAUACUACUGACAAUACUACUGAAAAUACUACUGUCAAUACUACUGUCAAUACCACUGAAAAUGCUACUGCCAAUACUACUGACAGUACCACUGACAACACUACUGUCAAUACCACUGUUAAUACUACUGUUAAUACUACAGUCGAUACUACUGACAGUAAUCUUGGCAUGCUGGAUUAUUUUUUCUCUGUAGCAACCUCAUGCCUUCUUCUCAAUAAUCUCUGUUUUUGCUGCUAGUCUGGAUUAUCACUCGCUAUCAUGCGAUAGUGGAAUAACUCCUAAAAAAGAAUAAAAAGGAAAUCAAAGGCAGUAGUGAUUGAAUCCCAGACAAACCGAACUUUACACUGAGAGUAUAUUUUGUGAAAAGAGUAUUUGUAUUUUUAUAUGAAUGUUUUAUUUAUACUGUUGAUUUUUCCUGUUCCUAGCGUGUGCUCUCACUCUCUCUCUCAGUUCGCUCGGCCGACACUUCUGUGGAAUUCUGGGUGACUUUUACAUGGUUCUACUCGCAGAUGUUCUACUUGCAGAUGUUCUAGCCAUUAAAAUCAACUUAAUGCA